GAAGCAAGCACGCGAACUGGAAGACUUACGCCUCGAUCACACAGACAGAGAUUUGCAUUCUGGUACACCAGAAGUACAUUCAUUUCCACACGCCUUGAUCACACCGACAGAGUUUUUGCAUUCUGGUACACCAGAAGCACAUUAAUUUCCAAUGGAACGUUGCGUUUGCUUUACAGCAAGCAGAGGCACUGUGAUCAGGGUGUAAAAUCUGACAUGCGACAGCAACGCCUGGGCAGAGGAACGCGACCUCAAACUGUUCUGUCCCUAUUUUAUAGCUGCUAUACUAGCAGUUCUCAGCGUCAAUGUUAUUAAGGUACGAGGCCAACGUUUACAAUAACUGCAACGCUAGCCAGCAAAGACUAUAAACUACUAGGAAAAAUCGAGCAAACUUGUUUAAUAAUUAAACCCCGCGAUUGGCAUUGUGGGUGUUUAUCGAAGCAGAAGAAGGUCCACGAAAUCGGAAAUACAGCCAAGUCACUGUGCUGCUAUCAACAGUUGACUGGAAUCCACACGAGAUCGGUUCUGUGAGCACUGUAUACUCAGAUUAUCAAACCAUACGAGUUGAUUUGUUCUCAAUCAAAGCAAAUUAAGUAAAUCGGCGAAUUUAUCAUUUGUGCAGGAGUCUCUGACGCGAAUAAUCCACAUCAACUGCUGUAUAUAAUUGUGCAUCUGUCCAGUGUUUCAUCUAAACCGAUUUUACAUGAACAGAUAAUGGCUUUGGCUCGGGUGUUUUUCCGUUUACAUGGCUAUUUGCGACCCAUAUCGAAAACACAGGCUCCUUUGGUCUCCCGACUCAUACGGACCCAGAAUGAAGCGAGGUAUUGGCAGUGUACUGCUGCUCCACAGUCGACGAGUUGUCGCUGGCAACUUCAGGAAGAAUGCCUUGAGCUCAGCUAUGGAGGACUUGUUAUGCACUUUGACUAUGUGUGGCUACGGGAUCAUUGCCGCUCUGCCUCCUGCUACAACAGCAAGACCAACCAGAGGAAUCUAGAUACGUCACAUGUGGAGCUGAACAUAUGUCCCGCCAACACCAGGGUGGAUGAUGAGAAUCUCUUCCUCACAUGGCCCGAUGGUCAUGUGACAAAGUACAACCUGAGUUGGCUGGCUCAGAACAGCUAUGAGGGACAGAAGCAGAGUGCCAUGCAGCCACGCAUCAUCUGGAAUUCUGACAUCUAUGCCAAUGCCAAUUUGUCCCCUGCCAAUUGGGACAAGUUUAUGACCUGUGACGAUGAACUGAAGAAGUUCCUCAGGAACUUUCUGCUGUAUGGCAUUGCUUUUGUGGAGGGUGUCCCACCAACUGUUGAGGCCACAGAGACUGUUACCCAGAGGGUCAGCCUCAUCAGGGAGACUAUGUAUGGCAAGAUGUGGAACUUCACUUCAGAUUUCUCCCGAGGAGACACUGCCUACACCAAACUGGCCCUGGACCGUCACACAGACACCUCAUACUUCCAGGAACCUUGUGGGAUCCAAGUGUUCCAUUGCCUUAAACACGAUGGAACGGGAGGAAGAACACUACUCGUGGAUGGAUUCUAUUCUGCAGACCAAGUACUCCAGAAGACACCUGACAACUUUGAGCUGCUAGCACGGGUGCCUAUCAAGCAUGAGUACAUUGAAAAUGUCAGCGACCACCGCAACCACAUGAUAGGCAUCGGCCCUGUGCUCAACGUGCAUCCCUGGAACAAUGAGGUGUACAUGAUCCGAUACAAUAACUAUGACCGGGCAGUCAUAAACACUAUCCCCCAUGACGUUGUCAAUCGAUGGUAUGUGGCUCACAGACAGUUGACCACAGAGCUGAGGAAGCCAGAGAAUGAGUUGUGGGUCAAACUGAAGCCUGGAAAGGUUCUCUUCAUUGAUAACUGGCGUGUCUUGCAUGGUCGGGAGUCCUUCACAGGCCUGCGGCAACUGUGUGGCUGCUACCUGACCAGAGACGACGUCUUGAACACUGCCCGCUCCCUGGGUCUGCAGGCCUGAGUGAAGAAGAGUCUCCAGCCAAAAGCUGCAGUAUUUUGGAGAUAAAAGCUGCAGCCCUGCUUCUUCAGAAUACCAUAUUAUUAAAUCAAAUCAACAACAAAAAAAUCACAGGCGCCGAAUACAACAAGCCCUUAACCAACAAUGUAGUUCAAGAAAUAGAGUUAAGAAAAUAUUUACUAAAUAAAGUUUAAAAAAUGUCAUCAAAAAGUAACACAAGAUAUUUACAUAACAACAACGAGGCUAUAUACAGGGAGAACCGGUACCGGGUCAACGUGUGGGGGUACAGGUUAGUCUAGGUAAUUUGUAACAUGACUGCAUAGAUAAGUAACAGUGUAAAAACAAAGGGGGGUCAAUGUAGAUAGUCUGGGUGGCCAUUUCAUUAAUUGUUCAGCAGUCUAUGGCUUGGGGGUAGAAGCUUUUAAGGAGCCUUUUGAUCCUAGACUUGGUGUUCCAGUACCGUUUGCUGUGCAGUAGCAUAGAGAACAGUCUACGGGUGACUGGAGUCUUUUACUAUUUCUAAGUGUUUAAGUGAAGAACAUGGACUGUGAUCUGCAUUAUGCAUGCAUAUGCUCUUGUUAGAACAACAAUCAUGUUUUGAACUGGAACUUAACAUAUUGAGAUGUUUAACAUAUUGGCUUUGUUUUAGGGAUUAGAUUCUAAUCUUAAAAUAUUAUAGUAUGUCUCAAUCACUACAUAGCACUUUUACCAGACAUUUUUGAUUAAUGUAUUUAGGAACUUUUGCCUUUGUCAAUACACGUUUUCUUGAUUUGAUUGAAUAAUCAACCCUUAUCCCAGUCUGCUGUUCCCACAUGCUUCAAGAGGGCCACCGUUGUUCCUGUUCCCAAGAAAGCUAAGGUAACUGAGCUAAACGACUACCGCCCCAUAGCACUCACUUCUGUCAUCAUGAAGUGCUUUGAGAGACCAGUCAAGGACCAUAUCACCUCCACCCUACCUGACACCCUAGACCCACUCCAAUUUGCUUACCACACCAAAAGGUCCACAGACGGCGCAAUCACACUGCACUAACCCAUCUGGACAAGAUGAAUAUCUAUGUGAGAAUGCUAUUCAUCGACUACAGCUCAGCAUUUAACACCAUAGUACCCUCCAAACUCGUCAUCAAGCUCAAGACCCUGGGUCUCGACCCCGCUCUGUGCAACUGGGUACUGGAAUUUCUGAUGGCCGCCCCCAAGUGGGCAUCUCCAUCCCGCUGAUCCUCAACACUGGGGCCCCACAAGGGUGCGUUCUGAGCCCUAGCCCUACCCUCGCAGCAGCGCCUCUUCAACCUCAGGAGGCUGAAGAAAUUCGGCUUGUCACCAAAAGCACUCACAAACUUUUACAGAUGCACAAUCGAGAGCAUCCUGUCGGGCUCUAUCACCGCCUGGUACGGCAACUGCUCCGCCCACAACCGUAAGGCUCUCCAGAGGGUAUUGAGGUCUGCACAACGCAUCACUGGGGGCAAACUACCUGCCCUACAGGACACCUACACCACCCGAUGUCACAGGAAGGCCAUAAAGAUCAUCAAGGACAAUAACCACCCGAGCCACUGCCUGUUCACCCCGCUAUCAUCCAGAAGGCGAGGUCAGUACAGGUGCAUCAAAGCAGGGACAGAGAGACUGAAAAACAGCUUCUAUCUCAAGGCCAUCAGACUGUUAAACAGCCACCACUAACAUUGAGUGGCUGCUGCCAACACACUGACUCAACUCCAGCCACUUUAAUAAUGGAAAAAUUGAUAUAUAAAAUGUAUCACUAGCCACUUUAAACAAUGCCACUUUUAUAUGUUUACACACCCUACAUUACUCAUCUCAUAUGUAUAUACUGUAUUCUAUACCAUCUACUGUAUCUUGCCUAUGCUGUUCUGUACCUUCACUCAUUCAUAUAUUUUUAUGUACAUAUUCUUCAUCCUUUACACUUGUGUAUAAGGUAGUUGUGAUAUUGUUAGGUUAGAUGACUCGUUGGUUAUUACUGCAUUGUCGGAACUAGAAGCACAAGCAUUUCGCUACACUCGCAUUAACAUCUGCUAGCCAUGUGUAUGUGACAAAUACAAUUUGAUUUGAUUUCUAUUGGGGGGGUUCUGUUGUCAAGCAAAGGCAGACAGACAUGCAUUAAAACGUAUUCAGCAUCAAA